GUCUCCCUUCUCUAGUGCAUUGUGGGAAUUCAAUACUAGAAAACAUAAUAAUGGACAUAAAUAUUGUUGUAGCUAAAUAAUCAUUACUGGGCCCAUCAUGUAAACACAGACCAUGCACAACGCCUUCAAGAUGGCCACCAAGAGUUGCAUUCCUAACAAGUUUCGUGGUGAUAACUCUGACGAGGAAGUCAACCAAGAAGUGCCACAAAACUACAGCGGGGUUUACAACACUGCUGGUACACUUGGCAGCAUCCAAAAACAGCCUGUUCAGAGAAGUACUUCUCGACCCUCAGGGGAGCCUGCAUGGAAGAUCCCUCGAAACCCUCCCCCACCCCCUGAACCCCUUCCAACACUAGAGGCUAGUAAGGAUUACAACUGGCAAGCUGGCAUGUCUAACAUCAGAGAAAAAAAUGCAGUGAUGUAUAACAAUCCUCUGAUGGCUGAUGUUAAUUUUACCGUUGGGAGUGUAAACAACAAACAGCACAUUCCUGCACAUCAGUAUGUGUUGGCCACCGGUAGCUCUGUGUUCUACGCCAUGUUUUACGGGGGAUUAGCUGACAAACAAGAUGACAUUGUGUUGCCUGAUGUGGAGCCAACAGCUUUUCAAAACUUAUUGCGAUACUUAUACUGCGACGAGAUACAGCUGGCAGCAGAUAAUGUUCUCUCCACCCUCUAUGUGGCAAAGAAGUACAUUGUUCCAUACUUAGCGAGGGCCUGCGUACAGUUUCUUGAGACUAGUCUCAGUGCUAGGAAUGCCUGUGUUCUUCUGUGCCAGGGACGCUUAUUUGAGGAAGAAGAGCUAAUGCAACAGUGUUGGGAAGUCAUAGAUGCCCAGGCAGAGGAGGCCUUGGCGUCAGACGGAUUUGUGGACAUUGACUUCAGCACUUUGGAGAGUGUGCUGCUUCGAGAGACAUUAAAUGCUAGGGAAGUCACUGUGUUUAAUGCUGCGUGUAGGUGGGCAGAUGGCGAGUGCAGGCGGAGGGAUAUUGAGUCAACGGCUGAGAACAAACGGCAAGUGCUCGGAGAGGCUUUCUAUUUGAUAAGAAUUCCUUCAAUGUCUCUUGAGGAAUUUGCCAAUGGGCCUGCCCAGUCUGGUAUGCUUACUCCAGUAGAGACCACAGAUAUAUUCCUCUUCUUCACAGCCAAUAAUAAGCCUGAUUUACCAUUCAAGCGUAAGGCGAGGUCUGGUUUAAUGCCACAUAAGUGCCACAGGUUUCAAUCCUCUGCAUACAGAAGCAACCAGUGGCGCUAUCGUGGACGUUGCGACAGCAUUCAGUUCGCUGCUGAUCGGCGAGUCUUCAUAGCAGGCUUUGGUCUGUAUGGCUCUAGCAAUGGAGCAAUGGAAUACCAAGUGAAGGUUGAACUUAAGAAAGAAGGUCAGGUCCUUGGACGAGCCAUCUCUAGGUUUUUCUCCGAUGGUUCCAGCAACACAUUUCCAGUUCUAUUUGACAACCCUAUACAGCUAGAUCCUGAUAUCUUCUACACAGCCAGUGCGGUGCUUGACGGUCCCGAACUAAGCUAUUUUGGGCAAGAAGGUUUGGCCGAGAUACAGUGUGGAAAUGUCACAUUCCAGUUUCAGUGUUCCGCCGACAGUACCAAUGGUACAGGGGUACAAGGUGGACAAAUACCUGAAAUCAUCUACUAUUGCUAGGAAGAACACAGUUGUUCUAUUUUAGAAGUUUAUAAAUCUCGUCCCUCUCUAGAUUAUUUUAAUUUUGGUUAAAUCAAUGUAGGAAUACUCUUUAAGUUACAUUUUUUACAAAUGAUUUUCAUAUUUCAGAUCAAAUUAUCGCUUCUCGUUUAUAAAACUAAUCAUCAAUCAAUUAUUGUAUGCCAAAGUCUUAAAACUUUUUUUUAAUAUUUGUCAAUGAUGUUAGAUGUCCAUUUGUUUCAAAAACAUGAACCAAUAUGUGCUGGCUUUUCGUUGUAAUGAAAUGAUCUGAAACUUGUUAUUUCAUUUACAUGUAUGUUUCUUUUGUAGCCUUAAUUUACCUACCUAAAGUUUUGUUAUAACGAAUAUUCAGUGCUCCAGGCAGGAUAUAAAAAGGGCAGGGUGCUAGGUCAGAAAGGGUACAUUUGAUGGCAUUGAAUGAGCAUUAAUUGGGCACUUACAAGGAUCAAUUCAUAUUGUGUUGUAACUAAUUUCAAUACUUGUAUAGUUUGUUAUGAAUACCAUAGCUGUUAUAUUAACUUAAGUGUCAAACUUAACGAUAUUUAUCAUUUUAAUACUUAUUUCUAAAAAUUGGCUUGACCAGAUGUCCAAUAAAUAUCAAAUAUAGUUAAAAACGAUCAAAUGCAGCUCUGUCAUUUAAAAGGGCACAGCGGAAUAUUAAUAAACUUAAAGGCAACAGGGUGUCAGAAAAGGGGCAACUGGGCACUACCCCCUGCUAGAGCACUGUAGUAUGUUUAUUUACAAUGUUCAUGAGGAUCUUGAAUUGUAUGUAAACUAAUGCUGUCAUUGACACUAAAUACUUUGUUGUCUAUGUAUUAGAUUACGAAUAUACAUGUAUAAGGAGCUAUACGAUAGCUAAUGUCAUGCUAUGUUAUUUUAAUGUUGUAUAUAAUUAUACGUGUUAUAAUGUAUAUGUUUCUACUUUGAAAAUAUACAGCACGAUAUAUUUAAAUCACAUGUAUAAGGAGCUAUACAAUAGUUAAUGUCAUGCUAUUUAAUUUCCAUGUUGUAUAUAAUCGUACAUGUAAUAAUGUAUAUGUCUCUACUUUGAAAUAUACUGCACAAUAUAUUUAAAUAUAAAAUCCUGUGUUCAUACAUGUAUCAAGUUUAUGAAAUAAACUUUGCUAUUACCAA